GGUCGUACGAUGGCAAGAGUCAUAUUGAAAAUUGGUCAGCAAGAAUGCGGGGGUUACCAAACGCACAGCUUGCGGCCGCCAAUCCGCUUCCGGGCACCGCGCCGCCGCAACCCAAAUCCAACGUCACGCUGCGUGCGGUGUCUGGAUUGGGCACCUGGGUGUACGCGUCGACGAUACCUAUUGAUUUGGCGGUGUGAUGCCUGACGUUCGUGGUGUUGUUCUGGACCUGGAUAGGACGAGUGGCAUGCGUAAGGCGCGGAGUGUGACGCUGCGAUGCUGGUGGGGCUGCGGGCGGUGCUGCAGGCUUUGAUGAUGGCGCGUAGAGCGUGUUGGUGGGAGGGUGUGUGAGUCGAAGUGUCUGAGGUGUGAGGAAGUAUAAAUUGAGUUUGAGGACCGUGAUGGAAAUGACCAGAACACAGGCCUGCAUCCACAUCAUCUCCAAGUCAAGCUUUCUUGUCCACUGCGAUCUUCGAUACACCGCAAAUCAUAUCUCCUACACGAUUCGUCAGAAAAAGCUUAUCCCAGCCCUUGGUCAACAUCUCUACCAACCGCCCUCCCUCUUGAAGCGCCAUCCACUCUACAUCCGCAAGCGUCAAAACCACAUCCGCAUCUUCGACGAAGAGCACCUCCACCACCAGCACCGUCACAACACUGCUGAAGCGCGUGUUCUCGCAGAAGCCGAAGGACAAUGAGGGCAAGAAGAGAGAGGAGAAGGCAGUAAGAGCAGAGGCAAGGGCUGUGCAUGGGAGUUUGAG